AACCCAAAAGAAAAAACGGUCAGCCCCCAACUUCACCAUCACCAAUAAAUCAUCCUUCAAUUACUAUAUUGUAUGCUUUUGUCACACUCUUCGAUUUUGGUCCACUCUGGUGUAUAUUAUAUGCUUUUGAACCCUUCACAUUCCCAUUUGAAUUUAAAUUUUUUGAUAUAGUCCACACGUCACAAUUAAUGAUUUUUUUUUUCUCUCUCGGCUUGCCGUUCCAAUUAGACUGCUCCCAAUGCCUACUUCCAAGAAACAAGUCCAAAUCCCAAGUCCCCCACACCUUUAUAAACCUACAAACAUAUCUGCCUCAUCAGCUCACAAUUCCAAAGCUUCCCAUUUCUUUUCUUGUUCGAUUUCAAUUUUCAACCCAUAAACAACAUACAACAUCUAUUUUCAUCAAAACCAUGAGGAGGACCUCUAGCAAAGCAAAGAAGCAAAGCAAGUUGAUGUACAUUAUUUGUGCACCCAUUAGAACUCUGACCAAGGCCAGGAACUUUUACAUGAGGGGGCUUGAGGAUUAUGCUGGCAAGGUGGGUUAUGGUGGUGGUGUAAGUGGCUACACUGCCUCACAAGUUCCACACUUGCCCAAGAGCUUCAGUGUCAAUUCCUCGAGCUCUAGCGACAAUGAGGACUUGAGGCAGCUUCUCAGGACGGCGUCGUCAAGGAAGAGCAAUGCAGAGAAAGAAAGCACUGUUAAGUCAGAAGGUAAUUCAGAUAUGCAUAGAAGACCAAUUGUUAAACAAGCAGCUCAACCCAUUGGUAGACAACAAACUAUGAAUGGGAUGGGGAUAAGGAGUUACAGUGUUGGGAUGAAGAUGGGAAGAAUUGAUGAGGAGAUGGCUUGUUCUUUUGAGGAGGAUGAAGUGAAUGUGAAGGCUGACUUCUAUCCAAGAAGUAGAAGCUACGCUGUCAAGAGAAGAAGUGGUGGGUUUGCAUAAUAAGUGGACGACUUGAUUUCUUGAUUUUUUUUUUGUGUGAAAAAAUGUAUGUAUUGAAAAGAGUUGAACCAAUACUCUCUCUAGUCCACUCAAUUGUUUACUUUGGUUCCUUCAUUACCAAUCGAUAUUUGGAAAUUUAGAUUAAAAAAA